UCACUUACUCUCUCCUCACUCGUGCACGCGCGCUCACGGGCACACACACACACACACAGCCACGGAGCUGGCGCGCAGAGCAGUGGCGCCCAUCCUCUCUCUCAGUGCGACUCCUCCGAGGGAUCAGGAGUAGACUAAGUCAAACUUCCAGCAGCUUGAGAUUUGUGCGCAACCUUUCAAGGAUCGAAGCCGUCAAGAUGAGGGGAUGAAAACAUGGAAUCUAAUCUCAGUGUAAAGCCAAGACGAGUCUAACACAGUAAGCAGACAGAACUGAUGCCCAGAUGGUGUGCCCCUCCAUGUGUGGUCCAGUUCAGUUCUCCCUGACCGUUUCAUGGGCCACAAAACAACCCAAGAAUCCACGGCCGCUGCCUGACUCAACCCCACUGAGCACUGUCCACUUCACUUGUAACCCCUCACCCCUAACCUUAACCCUUAGCCCUUCGCUUCCCUCUGUCUCGCUCUCUGUCACGCCUGUUCUUGCGUUCUGACAAUCCUCCCUGAGCACAACAUGGUGGCCCGCAUUCCCUUUCUUGUUUUGGUCAUGAUGUGUCAAGGCGUUUUGCUCUCAGACCCACCCCAGUCACGUCGGGAGAUCCGCAUCGAGGGUGACCUGGUGCUCGGCGGCCUGUUUCCAGUGCAUGAAAAAGGAGCUGGCAUGGAGGAAUGUGGCCGUGUUAAUGAAGACAGAGGGAUCCAGAGGCUGGAGGCCAUGCUGUUUGCCAUAGACAGAAUCAACUCGGACAAAGCUUUGCUACCAGGGGUCUCCCUAGGGGUCCACAUCCUUGAUACCUGCUCCAGAGAUACCUAUGCACUUGAACAGGCUCUGGAGUUCGUAAGAGCCUCUCUCACCAAGGUGGACGACACAGAGUUCAUCUGUCCCGAUGGAUCAUAUGCUUUGCAGGACGACAGCCCGCUUGCAAUCGCAGGAGUCAUAGGAGGAUCUUUUAGCAGUGUCUCUAUACAGGUUGCCAAUCUUCUCAGGCUCUUCCAGAUCCCUCAGAUAAGCUACGCUUCAACAAGUGCCAAACUCAGCGACAAGACGCGGUACGAUUACUUUGCCCGCACUGUGCCCCCUGAUUUCUACCAGGCCAAAGCCAUGGCUGAGAUCCUGCGGUUUUUCAACUGGACCUAUGUGUCCACCGUCGCAUCCGAGGGUGAUUACGGGGAAACUGGUAUCGAGGCUUUUGAACAAGAGGCACGCAUGAGAAACAUCUGUAUUGCCACUUCAGAGAAGGUGGGACGGUCUAACGCGAAGAAGUCCUAUGAAGCUGUGAUCCGUCAGCUCCUCCAGAAGCCAAACGCCCGUGUGGCUGUUCUUUUCCUGCGAAGUGACGAUGCCAGAGAGCUGCUGGCAGCUGCUGCCAGGCUCAACACCUCCUUCAUAUGGGUGGCCAGCGACGGCUGGGGUGCGCAGGAAAGCAUUGUCAAGGGAAAUGAGGUCACAGCUGAAGGAGCCAUCACGCUUGAAUUGGCAGCCAAUCCCAUACCAGAAUUCAACCGCUACUUCCUUAGUCUGAACCCUGUCAAAAAUCAUCGGAAUCCCUGGUUCAAGGAGUUCUGGGAGCAGCGGUUUCAGUGCUCUUUUGGGGGAGGAGGCGGAGUGGGCUUGGGAGAGACGCCUCCCCCACCAUGUGACAAGGACUUGUCGAUAGACAAGAAUAACUUUGAACCCGAGUCCAAGAUCAUGUUUGUGGUGAAUGCCGUGUAUGCAAUGGCUUACGCCCUACAUAACAUGCAACGUAGCUUGUGCUUUAACACCACCAAGCUGUGUGACAGCAUGAAGGCCUUGGAUGGGCGCAGACUCUACAGGGAUUACAUCCUUAAUGUCAGCUUUGCAGCCCCAUUUUCUCCUCCAGGCAGCGAGACAGUAGUGAAGUUUGACACCCAGGGGGAUGGCGUAGGCCGAUACAACAUCUUCAGCUACCAGCACUCUGGUGAUCGUUAUGGUUACGUGCCAGUAGGUGAAUGGGCAGAGAGUUUAAGUCUGAGCAGUGAUUUAAUUCGCUGGCCCAGAGAAGUAGUGCCCACGUCGCAGUGCAGCGACCCCUGUGAGCGCAAUGAGAUGAAGAAAAUGCAGGCAGGUGAGUACUGCUGCUGGAUUUGUACAGCCUGUGAGCCUCAUGAAUACCUGGCUGAUGAGUUUACCUGCUCACCUUGCGCUCCUGGCCAGUGGCCCACUGACGACCUGACGUCCUGUUAUGACCUUCCCGAGGACUAUAUUAUGUGGGAAGAUGCCUGGGCUAUUGGCCCAAUUACCAUUGCAUGUGUAGGAUUCAUGUGCACCGGCCUGGUGAUUUGGGUGUUCGUCAGACACAACAACACACCACUGGUAAAAGCAUCAGGUAGAGAACUGUGUUAUAUCCUCCUCUUAGGAGUCUUCAUGUCCUACGCCAUGACUUUCCUCUUUUUGGCCAAACCCUCUCCUGCCAUCUGUGCCCUGCGCCGCCUUGGCCUGGGCACAUCAUUUGCUGUCUGCUACUCCGCCCUUCUCACCAAAACCAACAGAAUCGCCAGGAUUUUCAAUGGUGUGAAAGACGGAGCGGGAGCCGUGAGGCCACGCUUCAUUAGCCCAUCCUCUCAGGUGUUCAUCUGUCUGAGUCUAAUCUCUGUCCAGUUAGUAAUGGUGUCAGUAUGGCUGCUGCUGGAAGUCCCCGGCACGCGUCGCUUUACAUUGCCGGAGCGACGACAGACCGUCAUCUUGAAGUGUAAUGUACGUGACUCCAGCAUGCUGCUGUCACUGGGAUAUGAUGUGCUCCUGGUCAUCUUGUGUACUGUGUAUGCCUUUAAGACCAGGAAGUGCCCUGAGAACUUCAAUGAGGCCAAAUUUAUUGGAUUCACUAUGUACACCACCUGUAUAAUUUGGCUGGCCUUUCUUCCUAUCUUCUAUGUUACAUCCAGUGACUACAGGGUUCAGACAACUACCAUGUGUAUCUCAGUCAGCUUGAGUGGCUUUGUGGUGCUGGGUUGCAUGUUUGCCCCCAAGGUCCACAUCAUCAUGUUUCAGCCCCAAAAGAAUGUAACCAGCCACAGGCUUAACCUUAAUCGCUUCAGUGUCAGCGGGGCUGCCACCUCAUAUGCAUCUCAUGCUUCUGUCAGCGCCCACUAUGUUCCCACUGUGUGCAACGGGAGAGAGAUUGUAGACUCCACUACUUCCUCUCUGUGACCACAUCCAGUCUACUCUCCAAAUCUGCCCCCUGUGACUGUUAGCCAGUUGAUGAACAUUAUCCUCUUCUUUGCCCGCCUCACACACACACAACGCUCACAGAUAAACAGUCACAUAUGUGCACAUACACGCACAAACAAGCAGACACCUUCCUUGUGGACUAGAACUGUAUCGUUUCACAUAUGUAGAAAGUGUGUAACUAUAUGGAAAUUAUUUUCUAGGGAUGUAUAUACAUGGAAAUCAAAACUUGUUGUAUGUAGAGAAACAAAAGAACAAAAAAAGUUUUUAGGAGGAAUUUUUGGAGCCUUUGUUUUUGAUAGCUUUGUUAUGACGCAGUGUAAAUAGACAUGCGCUUACUCAUGGUAGGAGGGGCUGUGUCCCUCAGUCUGGAUGCACAUUUGUGGCUCUGCUUGCCUCACCUGCAAUACCCCACAGACUUUUUAUUCUCAUGCUUUUUUGUAGGUCUCAUUGUAAUAACAAAUGAUGUAUGUAUUUCUAUUGUGUAUCUGUACAUUUGUAUAUUAUGCUACUGAUGGUUCAAACAGCACAAUGUUGAUGGUCUUACAACCCUAGAGUGAAUGUGGACUAAAGCAUAACCUGGACUGGUUAGAACAGCUGGAAUGGACAUGUAUAAAAAACAAAAUCUCUCAAAUUCAUCAACUUUCAGUUUGAGAAUUCAUCCGUUCACAUCUUGAUAGAUGUGCUUUGCAUCCUAGAUCUAUUUAAGAACCUAAUGUGGUUGUUUUUUGCGGGAAGGUAUGUUUUGCUUUUGAUACAAAUGUUCAUUUUUCUAUUUCUAAUCAUGGAAUCCCUUUAUCUUAAUGGCCAUAGUUCCAGACAUGUGUUCACCAAAGCAACAGUAUUUUACUCCCACUCUUAAACUGCUGUUUCUAUGGAGGAUUUCUGUAAUGGAUUGCUAAUAAUAACUAAUAGCAGGGCUGAAAAGAUACAGUACAACAAACACCUUUUUUUCUGCCUCAAAACUGUCAACACAGACAGUGCAGCAAUAGUUGUGUCGACAAAAGCAAACUGGUGUCUUACCCUGUAAUUAUGAACUUUAUGUACUCAAAUGACUCAAACGCUAAUGGAGGAAAAUGGUCUGCUUUCAUGAAUACAUGCUGAAUUUCUCCAGCUAGAGGGGAAUGGUAGCUGAUGUUUCUGUGCCCCAUAGAUACAGUAUGUGGUGAUGUUUUGAAUAUGGCUAUGUGCCUUAAUGUAAUGUUUGAUAGUUCUCCAGGUAGAAGUUGUAAAAGAUCAAUUUUACAUUACCAGCUGCAAAUCCCUGUUUGGUGAAUGGAAAAGUGGGCUAACUAUAGAGAACAUGCAGAUAGUUUUAUUUCCUAACGAGCCUUCUGCCAUCGAUUGUUUACCUGAAUUACUGAAACGGCGACUCGGAGGAAUCCCUGGGUUAAAAUGCCUUUCCCUACCACCCAUAUCUUUUCCAGUCUGUUAUUAAAAGGGAAAGGGUAUUUCUGAUAUAUAUGCCCAUAUAUUUUUACAGCAUAGCAUCUCCAAUAAAAUGAGGGAGGGGAAGAGGAGUCAUAUACCAUUAAGAUUGAGUCUUUGACUCACUGAGUUAUUGAAGUGUGCAGUUUACAUAUCUGUGUUAAAUGUGUUGAUGUUGAGAGGCACAGAGGAGCAGCUGGCUUUGGCAGUCCCAGAGAGGCUCACGAAAGGAAGCAGAGCACACAAUGUCAGCUGCUGGCUGAUCCCAGCUAACAAAAGGAUGUUAGAGAAGAACUCAUAUCCAUAAAGUACAUCCAAUUUAUCAAAACAUCCACACACAUCAAACUGUCUGUUUCAAGCUGGAAAUGUUGCAGACUCGCUGCUGGGUGACAGUUCUGAGGUGGUGGAAUAAAUGAAUGUUGCGAGAAAAUCUAAAUAUUAGCAGAGUAAUUUAGCAUAUUUUCUUUUUAAACAAGUGACUCAUGCAAUAAUUUAUUGCAUUUAAGGUGGUAGUAAAUUAUUAAUAAAUUGAUCUUAAAUGUUUACAUAUAAUAUGCUGUCUGGAAUAAAGUGUGACUGUUAUA